GGGCCUGCCGCAGCCUCUGCCUUCACUCCUGCUUGCCUGCACCAAGCGCCUUGACAGGGAGGAGGCCCAGCGUGUUCCCGGGCUCACAAUGUGUGGGGCUGUGUGGGUGUCCUGGGCAGGCCCUGUCUUCACGUGGACUUUAGGCUGCAAGGGGAGACCACAUUCCAAGCAGAUGGCCACGCCAGUGUCUCGCUGGCCCUAGAGUGUGUGACCUUGUCACAGAUAGAAAGGGACUCCUAUUUUUGGCAACAGCUCUCAUCUCCACAUUUCACUGGUUCUUUCUAAUCCCCUGGCUAUUAGCAUGAGAAUGGGACUCCUCCUGGGUUCCCAGGGGCCUCCUGAGACCUCAGACUCUGGGGAAGCUGGGCCCUGCCUAUCCUGCACCCUGAAGAGCCUGACCCCUUGCAGGCUCCACAGUUCUGUACAAAUGGGGCUGAGGAACUGGGGUCACAAAAGCAGCCCUUGGAGCAGUAUUUGUCACCCUCAUCUUCGGUAUCUCACAGACACCCCAGCAGGGAAACAAAGACCCGCACACCCCAAAGUCUCCUCUGGCAUCAGUAGAACUUUAGUACCCAACUUCAGUAAGAAGUUAGCGAUUGGUUGGUGUCUGCUCAAUGACACCACAGAGGCCAGGAGGCCAACAGCACUGGGGGUGACAGCCAAGACCCCCAUUCCCAGUGGCAGGAAUGGUGGCAGCUGGGUCCUUGGUCCGGCCAGUGUCCUUACAGCAGAGCUGCAGCCUCCACCAGGGGAGAGGCUGGCCCUGCCCUUCCUCUCUUGCUCUCGGGUCCCCAGCACAGUGCCCAGUGAUGGGGUUCAUGUGGCCCCAGGCACUGCUCGACCCAGGCCAUGGUCAGGCUGAGAGCUGCAGGUGCCUGACCCCUUUGCUGUUGGCUGGGGACCUGCCCAGGGACAGAGCAGGCUGUGAGAGGUCACAGAAUGGGAAAGGGCUAGCAUGCUGGGGACCCCUUGUGGUUCUCAGUGCUCCUCUUCCUUUCGCCACUUAGCCCUUGGAGACCGUUUCUAGGACCCCACUUCUGGGGUGAGCUGCUGUGUGCCUCGCCAGCCGGGGCCACCCUUCUUUGGCAGUGCCCCAUGGGCUGACACUGCUGUGGUUGGCACCGGAGGGCUUUGCUUAGACUCACAGGCUGUCUUCCCCAUAAAGAAGAAGCUUUCCUGAGAAUGAAGUUCUUUCUGUAUGCUUGACUACCAAUGCUGGAUUAUGCUGGAGUUCGGCGUGGUUCACCACUGCGUGGAGGAGCGGCUGUACUCUGCCCGUCGGGGCCACGGUGCCUUCUGCAAUGGCCAGCAGCUGUGGGUCUCGGGAGAGACAGUCCUGGCUCCUCGCUGCAUCCUGGCAACGUCGCCCAGCAUCUCCUGUCAUGGUUGGGGAGCUGCCAGGGACUCCAAGCACACGCCCCCUUCCCAGAGGUGACCUUGCUUCAGAAGCACCUGCUCUUGGGAGUUUCCAUCCUUGUGAUCCCAGCAGGUGAAGAAGACCUCUCCAGGGCCCUGAUUCUGACAGAAAUUGGCUCCAAGCGUGAUCCUGCCACACUGAAGCUGCUCCUGGGCAACAUGGAGCAGCUGCUGCUUGCCAAGGCCCACGGGGUCCGGGUCAUCGGCAGCUCCACCUUAGCGCUCUGCCAUCUGGCCGCAGGGGCUGUCGAUGCCUAUUACCAGUUUGGCCUGCACUGCUGGGACCUGGCAGCUGCCACAGUCAUCGUCAGAGAGGCAGGAGGCAUUGUGAUGGACACAACAGGUCUCUCUCCCCAGGUGGACCCCUUGACCUCAUGUCACGCAGAGUGGUUGCCGCAGGCACCCAGAAGAUGGCCACACUUGUCGCCCAGGCCUUGCAGCCCAUCAGCUAUGAACGGGAUGACUAAGUGUGAGGGCGCUACAGGACAGGCCCCACCCAUGCAGCACCCCAGCCUGCACUGCACCCCAGGCCAUCACCGACCUGCACGCCCCCUCUGGGCCAGGUGUCUGUUGGUCUCUGAUGCGCGGUUCCUAGCAUCCUCCCGAAGCAGCCCUGGCCUGCAGGAGCUACAUGCUGCUCACCCAGACUCAGGUGACGGCUAGAACCGCGGGACACAGCACCCUCAGGCCCCCAUCCCGCACCUGGUACUACGCCAGGCAGUGAAUCAGCACUGGCUUCCACUCAUUGCUCCUCAAGCAGGGUCAGCCCUGCUGCCCACAGAUCACAGGGGAGGUUCACAAGGUCACCCAGAAGCUGGCUGUGGGUCUGGGGCAGGACAGAUGCCCUGAGAGCCAAUUCCAUGACCGUUGUGCUGGGCUGCAGACUCCCAGAGCCAAGCAGGGCAACCACAAGUGACUGCAAGGUGCUUUCUGGGCCCUGCUGUGUCUGGAACUCCCAUGCGGACCAUGAGCCCAUAGCCAUGGCCCAGGCAUUGAGAUUCCACUUCAGGCAGAGAAAUCCACAGCCGCUAUCGGCUUCCUCCCCAAGCCCUUGUCACCGACAGCGCACACAACGUCAUGGCUCCCUGGCUCCCACCGCCACUGGCCCCCCAGCCUCCCUCAGAGCAUAGCUCCUGUCACUGACCUCUGCCACCCUCCACUGCCAAACCCUGGCACUCAGCAGCCCCAGCCAGCCGUGAGGCCUCCGAUCCAACACAGGGCCACAGGCACCCUAUGUGGGAGCAGCCGAUGCAGAAGGAUGAGGACAGGAUAAAUCUGAGGCUGAGAUGCCUGCUCUGCCUGCCUCGGGGGCUUUGGGAUGCAUCUGCCAUCUCAAGAGGGAAUUUCUGUUUCCAGAUGAGUGGGUGUUCAGGUCACCCCCAAACACACAGGGUUCAACAGCCCGUGUUUCAGGAUAUGAGUUGCCCUGGGAUGAGCAACCUCGGCAAGGUGCCUGCUUCCCGCCCUCUGGCCUGAGAUGCAGAUCGGCCUCCCCACAGGCAGCUCAGGAUCGGGGGACUGAGGAACUCCCAAGAACAGGUGACACCUGCACGCCUGUCACAGCAUCCAGUGCUGCCUCUCAGGGUCCCUGUGAGGAGCAUGCCAGCCCGACUCAGCACCCAGUACCCUGAAGCCCUGGGCCACCUCCCAGUGAGCAUGGCAGAGCCCACAGCAGACUUCCCUCUUCCCCAUGUCCUGUUCCAGCUAGGGCAGGGGACUCGGUAAAAGGACCUAUGCUCCCUGUCACCUAGAGGUUGGGACCCCGUUCAGCAGAGCCAAGUGCCCUGUGCCACGGCAGCCUGCCCCGCAGGAGGAAUGGUGGUGGGGGACACUGUGGUCCCACUGCGCCACCCCCACCAGCACUCAGAGCCAGAGGCCUGCUUCCCUGGCACUUGCCUUGCUCUUGGGAGCAGCAUCCAGGUGACAACCUCUGCGGCCUCUGGAGUCACAAAUAGAGAUGUCACCCAUAUGCUCAGGUCCAGAGCACAGAGCUCCCAGGGCCCCUGUGACUGAAAUUCAUCCAGCAGUGACCCCAUGAUGAACGCACUUAUAUGGUUCAUGAUGCCACAUGCUGGGUAGCUGGGGACAAUCAGAAUGUGUGGCAACCCAGCCAGCAUCUCCCGACCAACCCCAGCCUGAAUGCACGGGGUAGCAGUUGCAUGAUCCGAGGCCGAGAUGCAUGCUCUACCUGCCUCGGGGGCUUUGGUAUGCGUCUGCCAUCUCAAGAGGGAAUUUCUGUUUCCAGAUGAGUGGGUGUUCAGGUCACCCUGAAACACACAGGGCUGUUUUGAGACAAGCAGGAGGCUCGGCUGAGAGCUGGGCACCCAGGGAUACCGCCGCUGACGGCAAAGGGACAGGCAGCUGUGGCCCACGGAGGUGGAUUCUUAGCUAUCUGUGUCACUCAGCAGGGCUCCCUUGGAGAGGCCAUGACCCUUCUCUCACUUGCUGAGCCCUUCCCUGGUGUCCCCUUCCCUGCACACCUCCUGGUAACAGGCCAGAGCUGGCACGGUGAGGCACUGUGUACCUUGGGCAUCCAAGGCAGCACAGCCUCCUAUCACACCCACGAGGUGCAGCCUCAGCUUUCUGCACCCGUGGCCACAGGGCAGGGCCCUGAGGCUUGGUGCACAGCGCUGAAGGAUGCUGUGCUCCAACAGCGCUGAGCUAAGACAGGACUUCCGGCUCUGGCUCACAGCCAUUACCGAGGGCACCUGCAGCCCUGCAUACCACGGGAGGGAGCCCUGCAGGACACGUCCAAGGAGCAGGAAGAGCCUGCUGUGAAACUCGCACACAGGAAGGGAAAGGGAACCUGGAGAGCAGCCCCAAGGCAUACAAGAGAGAAAUGCAUGUCCUGUGCACAGCUCACCUUGCAGGUGUUCAUUAAGCAAUAUUAAAAUAUUGACAUGGA